AUGACGUCCGUGCUCUCUGUCCUAACGGCGCCAGUCGCCAAUAUAAAUACUACGCAGUACUCACGACAGAAACUACCGCGUAUGCUAGUGCAGUACGAGGUAUUACAAACGCUUGGCUCUGGUCUUCAGGGAAAAGUCAAGCUCGGCGUGGACACCGUCACACAUCAGCGUGUGGCACUCAAGAUCAUUGACGUGGCCAAACUCCACCGCAAGGCCAUGAUCAACGUCUACCGUGAGGUCGAGGCUAUGUCACGCGUGUCGCAUUUUAAUGUAUUGCGUCUUCUUUCAGUGCACGAUGACGUGCCGUAUCCCAAGAGAGACGGCAGCAGUAGCAAGCAAGUGAUCGUGAUCGUACUCGAGUUGGCUACUGGUGGAGAGCUCUUUGACUUUAUGAUGUACACCGGCUGCUUCUCGGAGAAAAUUGCGCGUGCCUACUUUCAGCAGCUCGUGGCCGGUUUGGAGGCCUGUCACGGUCAAGGUGUGUAUCACCGAGACAUUAAGCCGGAGAACCUGCUGCUGGACGAGAAUUUUGCGUUGAAAAUUGCGGAUUUUGGACUUUCAGGUUUAAGAGAACGAGCAAAUGGAAUUGUGGUGGAGCUCUACACGCAAUGCGGCACUGGGGGAUACAUGAGUCCGGAAGUGCUGUCGUGUCUGCCGUACGAGGGUGAGCCAGCCGACGUAUGGUCAGCUGGGGUGGUGUUAUUUAUCAUGCUAGCGGGAUUCCCGCCCUUUCAGAUUGCUACCAGCCAGGACUGGUGGUUUAGGGCAUGCGCGGCGAAGCAGCAUGAAACUUUUUGGGCUGCACAUGCCCGAUCUGCCACAUUUUCGUCUGGCGCCAUGUCGCUCAUGACGCGCAUCUUCAACGUCAAGCCACAGGAACGCAUCACUUUAGCCCAGAUCAAGACACAUCCUUGGUUUGGAGAGGAUGUAGUUGCGUCAGAUGAUCUACGUUCAGAGCUCUUAUGCCGCAAGCUACAGGUUGAGGAGGAGAAGCGCAAGGAGCGCGAAGAGAAGAUGCGCGCAGCUGCGAAGCAACGGCUGCAACAUCCAAAUGAAGAAUUUGACCCUUUCAACAUGAACGUCGAGCGAUCGCUGGAGAUUCCUACCGCGACUGCAGAAGUAAGUUCGAAGAAGGCGCCAUCAUACCCGACCACCAGUGUGGCGCUUUACACAAGUUUCCAGUCGAAUCGGACGGCAACCGAGUUGCAGACGCGGGUGGAAAAGGCGUUCACAGAGCAAUUGGCGCGCUUUGUGGCGCACAAGGACCGCUUUAAAACGAAGGCUAUGAUGGAGGACGUAGGGAUCGCUGUGCGCAUCUACUCACUAGAUAAUGUAAGGAGCCCUUGCGCGGACGACUGGCGGCAGCUGGAGCACUUUGUUUUUGCGAGCGAGCAGAAGAGAACCCCGGGACGAUGUGUGGUGGAAUUUCGGCGGACGAGCGGCGAGUGCCUCAAGUUCCACGAAGCGUUCAAGAAGCUGAGUACCUCGCUGUCUGACCUCGUCUGGGACAACGAUGACGAAGUGCAGACAACUGAUGACUCGCUCGCAGAGGAACUUAUUUCCGAUGAGGCCAUGAUGAUUUAG